AUUACUAUAGGUACAUUUUCGCAAUUAGUCAAAAGCAACUCUGAGCGGGAAAAUAAUAGAAGGGCGGGCCUUUCUGUUUCUGAUUCCGCCAGUACUGUGGAGCGUCUCUCGUUCUCCUUCUCCCUCCACCUCUUCCCAGCGUCAAAAUGGAGAGAAUACACGUAAGUGUCAGGGCUCGGCCACUCUCAGCGGAGGAUUCGAAGACAAGCCCGUGGAGAAUCUCCGGCGACACCGUUUUCAUCCCCAACCAUUCCUCCAAGUUCGAAUUCGAUCGGAUUUUUGGAGAAGAUUGUAAGACGGAAGAGGUGUACAAAGCUCGUACAAACGAAAUUGUUGCUGCAGCUGUUCGCGGGUUCAAUGGCACUGUAUUUGCAUAUGGACAAACUAACAGCGGAAAGACACAUACAAUGCGAGGCUCAGCCAGUGAACCUGGUGUCAUACCUCUGGCAGUUCAUGAUUUGUUUGACAUCAUACAAAAGGAUACUGAUCGAGAGUUUCUUGUACGAAUGUCAUAUAUGGAGAUCUAUAAUGAGGAUAUCAAUGAUUUAUUGGCUCCUGAACACCGAAAGCUUCAAAUUCAUGAAAAUCUGGAGCGAGGAAUAUACGUUGCUGGUUUGCGGGAAGAAAUUGUUGCCUUUCCCCAGCAAGUUCUUGAUCUGAUGCAGUUUGGAGAAUCUCAUAGGCAUAUUGGAGAGACAAAUAUGAAUGUGUACAGUAGUAGGUCCCACACUAUUUUCCGCAUGAUAAUUGAGAGUCGGGAUAGAACUGAGGAUGAGGAUAUUGGCAGCUCCUGUGAUGCUGUCCGUGUAUCAGUUUUGAAUUUGGUGGACCUUGCUGGUUCAGAACGUGCUGCAAAAACUGGUGCAGAAGGUGUUCGGCUCAAAGAGGGUUCCCAUAUUAAUAAAAGCCUAAUGACGCUUGGAACUGUGAUUAAAAAAUUGAGUGAAGGUGCUGAAAGCCAAGGGGGGCAUGUUCCAUAUCGAGAUAGUAAGCUCACACGAAUUUUGCAACCUGCACUAGGUGGAAAUGCAAAUACAGCUAUAAUAUGCAAUAUUACUCUUGCACAGAUUCAUGCAGAUGAGACAAAAAGCAGUCUUCAAUUUGCAAGUAGAGCAUUACGUGUCACAAAUUGUGCUCAUGUGAAUGAGAUUUUGACAGAUGCUGCCUUGUUGAAGCGUCAAAAGAAAGAAAUUGAGGAGCUUCGUGCGAAAUUGCAGGGUUCUCAUUCGGAACAUUUGGAAGAGGAAAUCCUCAACCUCCGGAACACAUUAUUACAGUCUGAAUUGGAGAGGGAACGAAUAACUUUGGAGUUGGAGGAGGAAAAGAGAGCCCAAGCCGAACGUGAGAAGGUUUUGCAAGAGCAGGCCAAGAAAAUAAAAAACUUGAGCUCAAUGGUGUUGCACUCCAACAGGGAUGAAUAUCGUGAUCAACAAAAAAAGGGGAAAAGACGGGAUACAUGGUGCCCAGGUGAACUUUCAAGGCAGACUGUUCAAGAGAUGAUGGAUAUUGAUAUCCAAUCAAGAGCUUCUUCCAUAAAACCCAUGAGAGGUAGUCGUGAUAUGGGACCACUCAUUCCUUUUGAUGAAUUGGUGACUGAAACUGAAGUUGAGGGUGACAUCCACCAGCAAGAUGAAGAUUGUAGCAACAAUGCACCCGGAGAUUGUACUCUUCCUGAUCCAUGCACUUUGUUGCAUGUCACAAAUAGGAGGAAGGUGCCAUCGAGAAAGAAAAGCUCCCUUGAGGACCAUGAAUUGGUAGAAAUGCAAGUGGAAUAUGAGGAAUUGCUUCUAAAAUUUGAAACUCAGAGAACGUUGACUGACAUACAGAUUGAUUGCUUGACAAGACAACUGACUGAGGCUGAAUUGUAUCCCUCUGAUAAAUAUAAUGAUUGUUCUGCUAGUCAUUGCUAUAGAAGUUCCAAUUAUGUGGACAAAAAUGUAAGUUUAAGGGAGUUAGAGGCAAUUCAUGUGAUCAAACAACUUCAACAAAAGAUCAAGACCUUAGAAAUGGAUAAGUGCUCAAGUCAGCAAAAUCUUGAUAGUGUUGUUGAGCUAGCAACAGAGCAAAGUAUAUGUGCCAGGGAGAAGCUUGAAGAGCUACAUGAAGAACUCAAAAGUGCUCGGGAGGAGGCCAGGGUCACUCGUGAACAGCUUGCUUUGAAGGAAUCUGCAAGAAUAAUUGAUGGGACUUUUGACUCUGAGAUAAAGCUUUCAAUGGAGAUCCAAGAUAUAGUGUCUGAAGUUCAGAACUCUAGAAAAGUUGUUGAGAGUGUUUCCUCACUUUUGGAUGAGGCUUUCCAGAGUUUAUCCACCAUAUUUAAUGUGUUCAAUGAUUUCAAGGCUUUGAUGUUUGAGAGCUCUCAGAAGCAAAAAUUGAUCAUCCGUAAUCAUGAGACAUUACAUUGUCACAUGUGCCAGAAAGUUGCUGAAGUCGAGAGUGAGAAGCUUCUUUUGUACAAUCAAUCUAUUGAGCUCCAGAAACAGACACUAGAACUGAGACAUGAUGCUCAAAACUAUGAAGAGUCCUUGAGAUCAAUUUCCAAGCAACAGGAACUAGAAAAAGAAGAAUUGCUCUCUCAAAUUCAUAGUCUUGAGAAGGAAAUAUCAUACUUGUCAUCGUGUUCCUUGGCUAAGGAAAAGGAUAACUUGAGAAAAGAUCUUGAGAAAACAAAAGUCAAGUUAAAAGAGACAGAGUUCAAGCUCAAGAAUAUCAUUCAGGAGAAAACUAAACUCGAGGGUGAGAAAGCAUUUGCAGAAAAGGAGGUAAAGCGAUUGAAUGGUCAAAAUACUCGUCUUGAGCGUGACAUUAGUAAACGUGAGUCACUUGCCGUUAGAAGGCGUGAUUCAGUUGUUGACAGGAGCUCAAAGGUGUUUGAUCCAAAGAAGUCAAAGGAUCUUGCACCUUCACUAGAACUCACAAUGCAGGAAGAUUACAGGAAGCUGGAAGUUCUUGCAUUUGAAAUGGAAGCAACUAUUGCUUCUUUGGAAGAGGAAGUUGCAGAUGCACACCGGGAAAAGGAAGAGGCUAAAUUUAGAAAUGACAAUUUGACUUCAGAGUUGGAAAACCUGUCAGAAAAGUUGAAGAUUUCCAAUGCUGAAUUGAAUGUGUUGCAGGAAGAGGUUUCUGCCUUGAGACAAAAGUUGGAAGAAUCUACACUCAACCAGCAAACAAUGGAAAGUUCAAUCAAAAUGUUGGUACAAGAAAAGGAAGAGUUAGCAAUGCAACUUACUGAUUCCCUCUUGGAAAUGGAGGAGGAAAAAGCAAUAUGGUCUGCCAAGGAGAAAGCUUCUAUUGAAACCAUAGAAGAGAAGACAAAUUUAUACAAUAUGGAUAUUACAUCAUUGUCUAAAGCAUUGUUAGAGGCACAAAGUGAGUUAGAGAUGUGUAGGGAAGAAUGCGAAGUCCUGAAAGAAAGAUUGACGAGCUCUGAGGAGAAUGCUAAGUGGGAGAUGAAAUGCAGUAUGGAGAAGUCACUAGAGAUUGAUCAACUAAAAGAUGACUUGAAAAGAGUUGAUGCUCAGAGCAAACAGUCUCAAGAGGAUGAAAUCAACAGCAGCAAGGAAAUUGCAAAACUUCGAAUGAGGCUUCGAGGAACACAGGCAAGCCUGGAUGCUAUUCGCUAUAGAUACAAGGAAGCACUAGAUGAGUCAGAUGUUAUGAACAGAGAGUACAAAGAGGCUACAAGAAAACUCAAGGACAAGUUGGCUGUGUACGCGAAAGAGGUCCUCAACCUCAAGAAGCAAAUUUCCUUGGCAAAGGGACAAACAAGUGAAAUUAUUAAUCCAGUGUAGCUUCCACGUCUUCUUUCUGUAGGUAAAAUGUUUGAUGUACAUCAAUAGUUAGUUAGGUACACUAUUUUACUGAUCACAUGUCUUGCUACGUUAAUUAACAACCUAUUUGACAUUUUGAUUCAAAUUCA